GUGUGUUGGGGGAUAGCCUCGGUGUCAGCCAUCUUUCAAUUGUGUUCGCAGCCGCCGCCGCGCCGCCGUCGCUGUCUAACGCCAGUGCCGCCUCUAGCUCGCCGAGCUCCAGCCGAAGGAGAAGGGGGGUAAGUAAGGAGGUCUUUAUACCAUGGCUCGUACAAAGCAGACUGCCCGCAAAUCCACCGGUGGUAAAGCACCCAGGAAGCAACUGGCUACAAAAGCCGCUCGCAAGAGUGCGCCCUCUACUGGAGGGGUGAAGAAACCUCAUCGCUACAGGCCUGGUACUGUGGCACUACGUGAAAUAAGACGUUAUCAGAAGUCCACUGAACUUCUGAUUCGCAAACUUCCUUUCCAGCGUCUGGUGCGAGAAAUUGCUCAGGACUUUAAGACAGAUCUGCGCUUCCAGAGCGCAGCUAUUGGUGCUUUGCAGGAGGCAAGUGAGGCCUAUCUGGUUGGCCUUUUUGAAGACACCAACCUGUGUGCUAUCCAUGCCAAACGUGUAACAAUUAUGCCAAAAGACAUCCAGCUAGCACGCCGCAUACGUGGAGAACGUGCUUAAGAGUCCACUAUGAUGGGAAAACAUUUCAUUAUAAAAAAAAAAAAAAAAUUCUCUUCUUCCUGUUAUUGGUAGUUCUGAACGUUAGAUUUUUUUUUUCCCCAUGGGGUCAAAAGAUACUUAAGUAUAUGAUUGCGACUGGAAAAAUAGGGGACAGAAAUCAGGUAUUGGCAGUUUUUCCAUUUUCAUUUGUGUGUGAAUUUUUAAUAUAAAAUGCGGAGAUGUGCAGCAUUAAUGCAAGUCAAAAUGUUUCAGUGAACAAGUUUCAGCAGUUCAACUUUAUAACAAUUAUAAAUCUGUUAAAUUUUUCUGGACAAUGCCAGCAUUUGGAUUUUUUUAAAACAAGUAAAUUUCUUAUUGACGGCAACUAAAUGGUGUUUGUAGCAUUUUUAUCAUACAGUAGAUUCCAUCCAUUCACUAUACUUUUCUAACUGAGUUGUCCUACAUGCAAGUACAUGUUUUUAAUGUUGUCUGUCUUCUGUGCUGUUCCUGUAAGUUUGCUAUUAAAAUACAUUAAACU